CUGUAUAAAAAGUCUUCCACCUGGUUGCUACUCAGUUCAUUGCUCUAGAAGUGACGACGUCUCUUGGUUGAAGAAUUGGGUGAAACAUCCCCUGGAACCAGUGUGGGGUUUACCUAAACGGUAGAAAGAUGUCUUCCAAGGCUCCUGUCAAAGGCUAUCCCCAAUGCUCUUCUUCGACCCCUAUGCCAGCCCCUACUCCAGCUCCUUCAUCUAGUGGCUGCUGCGGGUCCAGCUCAGGAGGAUGCUGCGGGUCCAGCUCAGGAGGAUGCUGCGGGUCCAGCUCAGGAGGAUGCUGUGGGUCCAACUCUGAAGGAUGUUGCGGAUCCUCAGGAUGCUGUGGGUCUAGUUCUACUGGAUGCUUUGGAGGCUGCUGCCUACCUUCCCGGCGCCGCAGACGACGAGGCUGCUGCUGCUGUGGGGAUAGCGGCAGCCAGAGAUCCCAGACCUCUGUAGGCCGGGGUGGCUCUGGCUGCUGCUCUGGAAGCUGCUGAAUUAGCCCCAGCAGCAGAAGUGAAGACCAGCCUACAAGGAGAAUGGCAGAAGAGGAUGCCCCUGCCUACUGGUUCCCCUUACUUCUCUUCGUCUUCCUUUGGAGAUGUCUUGGGGCAUCUCAGAGUUUCCCCCAGAAGGUUAACUGCAGAAACCUGUGCUCUUCUCUGAUCCAUGUAACUGCCUGGUCCUCAUGUGGAAGUCAUUCUCUAUGGAGAUCUCUCUGUGGACUCAGCUAUAUUCUUUUUUUUUUGUCUGCAGAUACAGGUUCCUGCACAUAGUAGGCCCUAAAUCAGUAUUGGCUGACUAAAUUUGAUUUUGUGAAUGUGUGAUAAUAAAGCCUAUAGGAACAUCUUA